AUGAGAUAUCAAGGUAACUGAUAUACACACCUAAAACAGAGGAGAGUAGCAGUACCCAUAGCUUCGUCUCCUUUGCUCUCUGUACAACAAUAAUGCUUCUCUCUCAUCUCCCCUCCGCCGCUGACCCUCCGCGCCUCAGCCAGGAGGACAUCCACACCUCCUCCUACUUCUACAGCGCUCCCCCAACCCCCAUGCAUUUCGAUCGAAUCAAUUCCGCUUCAUUCCAGUUCCAAUUCUCUUCUAGGUUUGCUCCUACCGCUAAUUUGCCUAACGCCGACGACCUCUUCUUCAACGGCCACAUCCGGCCGAUGCAAUUGCACAGCGGAGGCGGAGAUCUCAAAUUCUCGCACCGGAAAGCUAGAUCCAUGUCGCCGGCGGUGGAAUACGAGGCGAAGAGGAUCAAUGAGUCGCCGUCGGGGAGGAACUCGAAGAAGUGGAUGUUUCUCAAGGAUCUACUGCAUCGGAGCAAGAGCGAGGGGAGAGGCAACAGAUUCUGGUCGAUCUCGUUGUCUUCACCGUCGUCUUCGAAGAAUCAUGAGACGAAGAGAGGAACGAAGGCUCCGGUUAACGGAAAAGCUGCGAACGGAUUGUGGCGGAGGCGAGUGUCGGCGCACGAGCUGCAUUACACGGCGAAUAGAGCGCAGGCGGAGGAGAUGAAGAAGAAGACGUUUCUGCCGUACCGGCAAGGUCUGCUUGGGUGCCUAGCCUUCACUGGAUCAUUUACCACUAAUCGGAAUCCUAUUUCAUCCAUCUGAAAUCGGAGUAUUUGAAUUAUGGGAGAUGCUCAUAAUCACUUUUACAUUUGUGAUUUGGUUUCAAUUUAUUUUCCCAUCAUGUAUUGGAAACUUGUUCUUGAUUUAUUCCAACUUUAGCUGCAUGAAAUUGUAUAAUGAAGCUUGUACAUUAAUUGUGGAAGGUUUGAAAGAAUAAAUCAGUAAUGCAGGGAAAUUAAA